UGCAGGUCCUAACAGAUAGACUGCUAACUAUUCUGAGUAGGCUACUUGCUCUCUCAGUCAACCUCAAAAGAACCAUAAACGUCCAGGAGCAUAUUCUCUCCAUAGAAUCAACAAAGAACCAACAAGAUGGCCAUGUUACCAAAAAACCUUCCCAGACCAGAGGAGUGUCAAGGAGCACAGACUCUAUGGUAUGACAAGAAGAAAUAUGUCGUCAUUAACUUCAUGGUGCAAAACCCCAAGGAUGUUGAGGUUGAUAUUCAGGAUACUUAUAUAGUUUUAAGUUGCAAAGACGUUGAUGACAACAACAUGUACAAUCACAUUUACUUUUACGACAAAGUAAUGAAAUUCGACUCCCAAGUGAAAGUCUAUGAUCGCAGUAUCCACAUCUUGAUCAGGAAGGUUAAAGAAAAUGUUGCAUGGCCUCGUCUUCAGAAAGAUGCCAAUCUCAAGCCUAAUUGGAUGGGUGUAGACUUCGAAAACUGGAGAGACUGGGCGAACGAAGAGGAUGAGGGAAUGGCGGAGUACGAACAAUAUGUGGAUAUGAUUCAGGAUAUAGGGAACAAGAAAGGAGGGCCACCUGCGAUGGAUGAUCUUGAUGAUCUGAGUGAUUGAACAUUUCUGAAUAGAGCCUUUCUCUGCGUUGGACGUGGAUUGACUCAUCAAAGCCAUGUUGAUGGAUUUGGUGUAUUUCGCAAUGAUGGUUUGCUAUGAAUGUGAUGCGAAUGAAUGCUGUGAAUUUCUAAAUGUGUUUUCACUGGUGAUGUUUUCUGUGUUAUUUAAAUGUUUCUAUUGAAUGUGUUAUUUAUUAAAUCAACUGAAGCAUGGGCGUCAUGCACCCCAAAAAUCUGAGGGGGCACAAAGUACAUGAGGAUGCCUGGGGGGUGAUGGCCAUAAGUUGGAGAAUUGUGCAUUUUUCAAACAUCUGAAACAGCGUUUUCCUGCAAUCUAGAGCCAUAAUCAUUAUGUUUAAUUAAAUGUCAAACUAUGUCAAAUUU